AUGAGCUAUAGAACAGCAUAUCGUAGUGGGAACAAGACCAUGUACCGGAGGAAGUCUCAGUGCUGCCCAGGCUUCUAUGAGAAAGAAGAGAUCUGUGCUCCUCAUUGUACAGAGAGCUGUAUUCAUGGCCGUUGUAUGGCACCCAACACCUGCCAGUGUGAGCCAGGCUGGGGGGGCUCCAAUUGCUCGAGCGCUUGUGACAAUGAUCACUGGGGUUCCCACUGCAGUAACAGAUGCCAGUGCCAGAAUGGAGCUCUGUGUAACCCUAUCACUGGAGCUUGUAUCUGCACUCCUGGAUACAGAGGUUGGCGCUGUGAGGUGUCGUGUGCAGUAGGCACCUAUGGGAAUGGAUGCCAGCAGAAAUGCCAAUGCCAGAAUGGUGCAGCCUGUCAUCAUGCGACCGGAGAAUGCAAGUGCCCACCGGGAUACACUGGUGCUUUGUGUGAAGAACUCUGUCCACCAGGUAAACAUGGGCAGCAAUGUGAGGAGAGAUGUCCAUGUCAGAAUGGAGGAGUGUGUCACCAUGUAACCGGAGAGUGCUCCUGUCCAGCAGGAUGGAUGGGAACAGUUUGUGGUCAGCCAUGUCCAGAAGGGAGAUUUGGAAAAAACUGUUCCCAGGAAUGUCAGUGUCACAACAAUGGCGUUUGUGUGUCAUCUACUGGACAGUGCAUCUGUAGCCCUGGAUACACAGGAGAACGGUGCCAGGAUGAGUGUCCCCUUGGUACUUAUGGUGCUGCCUGUGCAAAGACAUGUAAUUGUGAAAACAACAGCAAGUGCUACCACAGCAAUGGAAUGUGUCUUUGUGAGCCAGGAUACACAGGAAAGACAUGUGAUGUCCGACUGUGUCCUGAAGGAAUCUAUGGCCUGCGUUGCGAUUGGAAAUGUCCGUGCUAUGUCCAAAGCACUCGUGGCUGCCACCCGAUAUCAGGGGAGUGCACAUGUCUGCCUGGUUGGUCAGGUCUCUACUGCAAUGAGACGUGCACUCCAGGACUUUAUGGCGAGUCCUGUCAGCAGGUGUGCCAGUGCCAGAAUGGUGCUGAUUGCCACAGUGUGACCGGAGAGUGUAUCUGUGCUCCAGGCUUCACGGGUCCCAUAUGUUCAGUGCCAUGCCCAGCAGGAACAUUUGGUGUGAACUGCUCUUCCAGCUGCAACUGUAAGAACAAAGCUAAGUGUUCCCCCAUAGAUGGAUCCUGUUCCUGUAAGCCAGGGUGGCAUGGGUUAGACUGCUCCAUCAACUGUCCCAGUGGCACCUGGGGUUUGGGAUGUGGUUCCGCAUGCAUUUGUGGGAACGGAGGAGCGUGCAACCCACUGGAUGGUCACUGUACCUGUGCUCCGGGCUGGAGAGGAGAGAGAUGUGAACUCCACUGUCAGUGCCGCUGUUUGGCUGGAUGGACGGGUAUCCACUGUGACAGCGUGUGUGCAGAGGGCCACUGGGGUCCAAACUGCUCCCUCCCCUGUAACUGUAAGAAUGGAGCAUCCUGCUCUCCAGAUGAAGGAACCUGUGAGUGUGCUCCAGGAUACAGAGGCCCAACCUGUCAGAGAAUGUGUCCCAGUGGCCGUUUUGGGAAGAAGUGUGCCCAGAGCUGCAGCUGCACAAACAAUGGAACCUGUCAUCCUAUUGAUGGCUCCUGUCAGUGUUAUCCAGGAUGGAUUGGCAGUGACUGCUCUCAAUCUUGUCCAACUGGUCACUGGGGACCCAACUGCAUCCAUACAUGUAACUGCCACAAUGGAGCAUACUGCAGUGCUUAUGAUGGAGAAUGCAAGUGCAGCCCAGGAUGGACUGGCCUCUACUGCACACAGCGCUGUCCGUUGGGUUUCUUUGGGAAGGACUGCUCUCAGACUUGUCAAUGUAGGAAUGGAGCCGACUGUGACCACAUUUCUGGACAGUGCACAUGUCGAACUGGUUUCAUGGGGAAAUACUGUNUUCCAGAGUGUCCUCCUGGUUUAUAUGGUUAUGGUUGCCAUCAGGUCUGUGACUGUCUAAAUAAUUCCACUUGUGAUCACAUGACUGGUUCGUGUUACUGCAAUUCAGGUUGGAAGGGAGCUCGAUGUGACCAAGCUGGUGUGAUUGUGGUGGGCAGCCUCAACACUUUGACUAGUGCAGCGAUGCAUGUAGACUCUUACCAGAUUGGAGCCAUUGCAGGAAUCAUUAUCCUUGUGCUGCUUGUGCUCUUCCUUCUGCUCCUCUUCAUUAUCUUCAGGAAAAAGCAGAAGGGCAAAGAGCCCACCAUGCCAUCUGUGACUUACACUCCUGCUGUGAGUGUUGCUGCUGAUUACAAUAUAACAGGUGGUUAUCCAGCAACAUGUGAGCCCCAUCUAAGCAAUUAUUUCUCCAACCCUAGUUACCAUACUCUGACCCAAUGCAUCAGCCCCCAGCGUGGUCCAAAUGGAAAGGCGAAGAACAACCAGGUUUUUGUAAAUGUUAAAAAUAUGGAUCAGAGAAAAUGUGCUCUUCUUGUUGAUCAUACUGGCACACUACAUGCAGAGUGGAAACAUGGGGACUGCUUAAAUCAACUGGGAGCCUGUGGAGGUGAUAGAAGUUACAUGGAGAAAUCUUUAAGAGAUCUGAUGAAGGGCACACCCUAUCAUGCCAGCUCCUGUUCGCUCAGCAGCUCUGAAAACCCAUAUGCCACAAUAAAGGAUCCUCCCAUGCUGAUAACCAAAAACACAGAAUGUGGCUAUGUGGAAAUGAAAUCACCAGCUAGGCGGGAUCCACCAUAUGCUGAGAUUCGUAGCAGAAGCCCAACCAAUAACCAGAAUGUCUAUGAAAUUGAUUCAACGGUAAGCACCAUCCAGUCCAUAAGAGAUGGCAGUGGCCAUGUGAAGUUCGGGCAGGAUCCAUAUGAUUUACCAAGAAACAGCCACAUCCCCUGCCACUACGAUAUCCUGCCAUCCAGAGAGAGUCCUUCCUCAGAGCUCAAGAAGCUGGACAGUGAAUAAUCCCACAGAAACUCUGAACCAAGAUUAGGCCUUACCACAAGGCUGUAGCUUCAGCACUGUGUCUUCUACAAACUGGCACACUAUGUACUCAUAAAAUGCUAGUCCUUAUGUGUUAUUUUACAAUAUUAUUAUAACUAUGGAUUAUGACUACAAGUUGGAUAUAUACAAUUGUGGUCAAAAGUUUCACUCGUCAUUGUAAUUAUGGUCUUUUUAUUAUUUCUUUGAGCUGUCUUUUUUCAAGGGUAAAAUUAUCAUACAGCAUAAAUCUUUAAUGACUCUAAAAA